ACGCCGAGGCGGUUGCCAGGCGACGGGGCGCUUGCCUGGUUACCAUGGCUCUGGGGGGCGGGUCAGGAGAGCCGGGCAGGCAGCGGUAGCGGGAGGAUGAAGGAGAAGCGGUGCCUGUGCGAGAUUUGUACCUGCGGGCGCCAUCAUUGCCCUCAUAAAUCCACAAGGAUUUAUGAUACUGGAGGACAAGCUUGCCUCAUGACAGAAUACAUGGACAAAUAUCCCCAGUAUGGUAAUCUCCCUCCACCCCAGAGUCUUAAGCCAAAGGAGGAGUACCAAACACAUCAUGGAAGAAUGGAAGGAAUCACUACAUUUAAGUCUGAUUAUCUUCCAUACGAUGUUGUAAAUCGACCUCUUCGGGUACAAGAAGAGUAUAAACCAAAACCCGGAGAGAUUGAUUUUGGAACUACAUACAGGAGAGAUUAUAAUCUUCAUAAAAUACAACCAGUGACAUUAGUAAGACCAUUAGAAAGAAAACAGAUUAAGGGAGGAAAAUUAGACACCAUACCAACCUAUCAAGAUGACUAUAGAUCAUGGGAAUUUCAAAGAAGGGAGCCAAAUAAAUUGGGACACACCUAUCAUCCCCCUACAGAAAAGUUUGGGAAUUCUACUACAUUUCAAGAUGACUUUGUUCCUAGGGAGCUGAACCCCAGACAAAGCUUUAAGCCUCCAGGUGUGGCCAAACUUUCAGAUGUACCUUUUGACGGUGUUACUAAUCAUCGUAGUUCUUACAUCGCUCAUCAACUGGAACCAAAAUUUGUAAGACCAAAGGAAGAAUACAAGCCAAGCAGCCAACCCUUUGAAGAUCUGACAACCCAUCGGAAUGAUUUUAAAGGGCUACUUGGAGAGUUUACAAAAAGCUGCAAGCCUGAAUACACUAAAGUUGGGUCUAAUGCUCACUUUGCUGGAUGCACUGAAUUCCGGGAUCGUUUUCAGCCAUGGUCAGUCUCCUUGCCUGAGGCUCGCAAGAUAAGAGAUUAUGUUCCACCUCCAGGUAAUAUGGAUUUACACUCCACAAGCCAUCUUGAUUAUGUUCCACACGUGAUCUGUCCUGUUGCCCCCAUAAGACCAGUUUCUUAUGGAAGAAGAAGUAAUGUCCCUUUCCAGGGGAACACCACAAUGAAGGAAGACUUUCAAGCUUGGGCCAGCUGUCGGCAAGAAAUUAUUAGAAGACAUCAGGAAAUUCCAAAACCUACUGGAAAAUUUGAUGGCUUGACCACAUUCAGGUCUCACUAUAUACCACAUGAGAUAAUUCCAGUUCAGAGUUUCAAACCUCUACGUGUUGUAGUCCCUAGUUCAGCUCACUUUGAAGAUGAAACCAUGUAUCGUACAGAGUAUACUCCAAAGAAACAAGAGAUCUGCCCAGCAAACUAUCCAUCUCCUCCAGGAUACGUCUUUGUAGACACAGAUUCUCGUGGUCACAAGUUCUUCUGCAGAGUUACUCCAGAAAUCAAUACAUUUUCCCAGUCAAAUGGUAAUCAUAUUCCAAAAGAAGUAGCUGUUACUUCAUAAUUUUUUAAUUUUAGUAGUUUACAUAUUUUAAAAAAUGUUUAGAAUCCUAUAGCUUAAUUUUUUUCCAGGCUAAACCUCAAUGACAGUUGGCAAGUACAAGUUGUUAUUGUAAUUUUAAAAUUGUUAAAUCACUUAAACUCAUUAUAGCUUUUUUAAAAAAACUGGGAAUGACUUUAUUACAAGAUUGAUGAAGAUUAGGCAGCCUGAAUAUGCAUCUGAACAUUUUGUAUGGAAUCUGUUCUCCCUAAUUAUGCAUUUUAUAAUUACUGUGCUUUUCAGUUUUUACUGUCUUCCAGCCCAAGCACAUACUGUGUACAUUUAAAUGAGAUUAUGACUUGCUGGAAAUCAUUUUGGAAUCACUGAAUCUGCCCACACUACUUUUGAAAUGUUUUAACAUGGCUUCUGUGACCAGUAUGGAAAAUAAUUCCUCCCCCUCUCCCCCCCCAGAAAUCUUGAUAGCCAAAUUGCAUUACAAACUAGCCUCGCACGUAGCCUAUAACAUAAUCAUAAAAUAGACUUCAGAAAACAAAUAUCCUUUUUAUGCUGGUCCAGGAAACUAUGCUAGGACACUGCUAACACUAGUCUUUAACUUAGCUAUUAUUAAUACAGUUUCAGCUACUAUGGCCAGAGCCUAACGGUGAGAUUCUAACUUCUGAUGCAUGGUACAUAUUGACCAUAUAAUAAAAAAGAUAAUCUGCUAACUUUUGCAUACAAAUGCAAUAGCAGAUUUUUUUCUGAGACACAAAACAGAGCUGAUUUGACUUUGGUCCUUAGUUUCCCAGCUAAAGAAUUUUAACAUGUUUCAAAUAAGUAGACGAAAUAAAUGGUUUAUUAAGAUAAUGUGUGUGUGCAUAUAGGAGAUGUUAAGCAGUAUUUCAAAGUAUUAUCUCAGUUUCAGUCAUCAUGUCCAGGAUUUACAGUGAUCCCUUCUUACAAUACUUAUUUAACAAUAUUAUGUUGUCUUAUCACUUUCAGUAUGAGUAUCAGUAACUUAUAAAUAUAUUAUCUUUUACUCAUUACUAUAGGAAAGCCAUUUUAGCUUUGAAGUGUCAUGUAUUUGUAUGUAUACCAAAUCUCCAAUAAAAGGACUGAAAUCAAGUACAGUACGAUGUUGAAAGCAGGAACUGAAUCACAUGAGCUCCACUCAGAAAGGCAGAAAAAGAGACCAGGACUGCUGGAAAUGCUUGUUUUGUAUAACUGUUACACUAGGCUCCCGUUGUUCUUACAAGAGUGGUUGUUUUUAAAUGUUCUUGUUUCUCUUUGUGCUAUGUCAAUUUGCUUUAGUCUAAUUGAAAAAUCAAGUCAAUUAAAAUUUUUUUUUAAGUUCA